GAUGAUAUCGGAUGGCCAUUAACCCAUUUCUCAGUGCACUCGGCUUCAGUGUUUUUUUACUCCUUAUCUGUCCCUCCUUCCGUUUUUUAGCAAAUUAUUUCUGGUAUACUUGUUGUUUGGUUUCUUUUUUCCCACCAAGAAAAUAAACAUUACCGAGGAGUACGCCAUGUUCUGUUGUGCUUUGUAUCCAAUAGUCUGAUCCUCUCUCUACAGACAAGAACGCACGCAGAGGGAGAGAGAGAGUGAGAGAUGCUUCUAAGUCAACUGCAUAGCUUGCAGCCAUGGAUUUUACCCUCCCGAGUUCCUAGGCUCAACCGGGUUUCUUCUUCCAGGAGGAUAUCAAUGCCAGGCCACUUCUGGUGGAUUAAACAUUCGGCUAUACAUGCAAGCAGUUCCAUAAUACACAAUGGAGGGAAAUGGGGGGCCAGUUCUCCAAGUACAGGGGAUAGGGUAGACUCCACCAUGCACAUAAAUGUUUCUGAUGACUUGAAUGCCAAGUUCUUUAGGAUGGACUCGAAUAAUGACUUUCAGGAUUAUCGAACUAAGAUCAUGAUGGGGUCGAUGUCAUUCUAUUUCAUACUGAGAAUGGCACAGCUAAAUUUUGCUAAUUCAUUGAUAGAGAUGGUCCAACAAAUACUUCCCUCUGUGGUUCAGACUUUUGGGGCAGCAAGCUUGCCUUUUGCUUGUGCAUCUAAUUCCCUGAAUAAACCCAGGCCUCUUCACUUGGAUGUGUCCUUGCCUUUGAUUAAAGAUAUUAGAUGGAGCUUUGCACGGUUAUUGUACUUGCUUGACGUCCAAUUUGAGAAAAAUGUUGCCACGAUCUUUGUAGUGCUCCUCGUAGCUUGCUUCUCAUUUGUUGUCAUUGGUGGUUUCCUGUUCUUCAAAUUCAGGGGUAACUCGCAAUCUCUGGAGGACUGCUGCUGGGAGGCUUGGGCAUGUCUGUGUUCAUCAUCUACUCAUUUGAAACAAAGAUCACGCAUUGAACGUGUUAUUGGCUUUAGUCUUGCGAUAUGGGGCAUAUUGGUUUACUCUCGUCUGUUGAGCACAAUGACAGAACAGUUUAGAAACAAUAUGCAAAGGCUCAGAGAAGGGGCGCAGCUACAAGUAAUGGAGUCUGAUCAUAUCAUUAUAUGUGGAGUGAACAGUCAUCUGAAUUUCAUACUAAAGCAGCUAAAUAAGUAUCAUGAAUUUGCUGUCCGCUUAGGUACUGCUACAGCUAGGAGGCAGAGAAUUCUUCUUAUGUCUGAUCUUCCAAGGAAACAGAUGGAGAAACUAGUUGACAAUAUUGCCAAGGAUCUUAAUCAUAUUGAUGUCCUUACAAAGAGUUGCAGCCUUAGCUUAACAAAAUCGUUUGAAAGAGCUGCAGCCAAUAAAGCUCGUACAAUAAUUAUACUGCCAACAAAGGGAGAUAGGUAUGACGUUGAUACUGAUGCAUUUCUAUCUGUACUGGCCCUUCAACCAAUUCAGAAGAUGGAGUUUGUCCCCACUAUUGUUGAGGUGUCAAGUCCCAGUACAUGUGAGCUCUUAAGAUCAAUAACAGGAUUGAAAGUAGAGCCUGUAGAAAAUGUUGCAUCCAAGUUAUUUGUUCAGUGCUCUCGACAGAAGGGGCUCAUAAAGAUCUACAGGCACUUGCUUAAUUAUCGAAAAAAUGUAUUUAAUCUUUGCAGCUUUCCUGAUCUAGCUGGAACAAACUAUAGGCAGAUAAGGCGUGGGUUUCGAGAGGCAGUUGUUUGUGGUCUUUAUCGGAGUGGAAAGAUAUAUUUCCACCCAAAUGAUGAUGAAGUUCUGCAGCAAACUGAUAAAAUUUUGUUUAUUUCACCUGUUAAUGAGACGAGGAAACUGCUGGUUACAUAUGUAAACGAUGUCAAACAAGGAAGUAGUUCUUUUGAAAAUCAAGUGGUUCUAGAAAAUAAUGGUGAGUAUGCAAAUCAUGCGUCUGAAGUGAAAAAAAGAAGACUGGAAAAUGUUGUGAAACGUCCCAACAAAUCAGGUUCCAAAGCAUCAGACUGGAGUCUUGGACCAAGAGAAUACAUACUUUUGCUUGGGUGGCGCCCAGAUGUUAUACAGAUGAUAGAAGAAUAUGAUAAUUAUCUUGGACCUGGCAGUGUUGUGGAGAUAUUGUCAGAUACAUCAUUAGAUGACAGGGACAGGGCAAGAAAGAAUGCUAGUCAAGGCAAACUAAAAAACGUCCGGGUUUCUCAUAGGAUUGGAAACCCCAUGAACUAUGAUACCUUGAAGGAAACCAUAGUAAACAUUCAAAAUUCAGUCAACAAUGGCAAAGAUUUUCCCGUGUCAAUUGUUGUCAUAUCUGAUAGAGAGUGGCUACUUGGAGAUCCGACCAGGGUAGACAAACAUUCCGCAUAUUCUCUUCUCCUUGCUGAAAGUAUCUGCAACAAGCUUGGAGUGAAGGUACAAAAUCUGGUCGCAGAGAUUGUUGACUCGAAAUUGGGCAAACAAAUUACCAAAAUCAAGCCAUCCUUGACUUACAUUGCAGCAGAGGAAAUAAUGAGCCUUGUUACGGCUCAAGUGGCGGAGAAUAAUGAGCUGAAUGAGGUGUGGAAAGACAUCCUGAAUGCAGAGGGUGAUGAAAUAUAUAUGAAGGAUAUUGGCCUCUACAUGAAAGAAGGCGAGAACCCCUCAUUCUCUGAGCUCACUGAAAGAGCGUAUUUACGGCGAGAAGUUGCCAUAGGUUACGUGAAAAACAACAAGAAGGUAAUUAACCCAAUUCCCAAGUCGGAACCCCUCUCCCUUGAAUUGACAGACUCAUUAAUAGUUAUAUCUGAGCUUGAGGGAGAACAACCGAUCAUUGUGUAAGAUCAGAUCAAACAGCAAAAGAUUCAAAGCAAAGGAAGUUUUGACUGUGAAGUAGUGUUCUGUAAAUUUUUACCAUUUUUAUUGUGAAUUUUAGCUGAUUACUCAUUUUCCAGUCUUCUAAAAGAUUUCCCAUUCAAAUAA